AUGGUCGCCGCGAUUACGCAGGCAGUGGAACAGCACACGUUCGACCAGUUCACAGGACGAUGCAGGCUUCCAGCGGCGUUCAUGCAAGAGCAUGGUCUGUUCAACGGAUCUGCCGUGGCCGUGUAUGUCAAUGGCGACUGCUACCUCUGCAAGGCCCAUGCCAGUCGGCAACGGAACGCAUUCGCCAUCGACACAUCCAUCGCGAUCGAGGCGACGCAUGUAGUUCUCGCAGCGCUACCUAAGAUAUGCCUUGAGCACACCCAUGAAGACGAGGUCUUCAUUUCCGUGUUGCCGUCCCCGCUGAAGUCUGCGGCGUCGAUUUCCCUCGAGCCUGUCACUUCUGACAAGUCGUCCAACGACGAUACGAAUACGGUGCUGCAAGACCCCAUUAGCCUUCGCAUCCUCCAAGAUGCAUGUCGUCGCCUCAUUCUCCACGAAUCUUGUGUGAUCCAGCUACCCCAUCCAACCAACAACACCAGCAUGUCCUUCCGAGUGCAUCGGACACUUCCUAUCGGCGUCGUUCGAGUCAUUCGCGCCACGCGGGUGGUUCUAUUUCGAGCGGCAGAAGCCGAACCCCAUGACGACAACAACGCCAUCCUUCCUGUGGACGUCCAGCUACGAAAGCCAGCGUUUGACGAGUCUCAUCAAGAUGAAGACGCGGCAACCACCCACGUCGGAGGCCUCCAUGUCGAGCUCAAGAAACUCGAGGAGUUGAUUUACAUGGCGGUGGAGUUCCCAUCUCUUCAACACGACAUCGGCAUCCAACUGCCCAAGGGGGUACUGCUAUCCGGUCCGCCUGGUGUCGGCAAGACCCUCCUCGUCCGCACCGCCAUCCGUCGAUGCCACGCCAGCGGAGCCUGUCACUUGAUGCUGCGAGUGAUCAACGGCGCGGAGAUUCUGUCGGGCGGCGGCAUCGGUGACGCUGAGCGGGCACUGCGCGAUCUAUUUGACCAGGGCCGGGCGUUCACGCGGCAGUCGAAUCGCCAUGUGUUUUGCUUGUUUCUGGACGAGCUGGAUGCGCUGUGUCCGCGGCGCGAGGCCAGCGGACGGUCGCACAGUCGCAUUGUGGCGCAGCUACUGACGCUCAUGGACGGCGUGGACGCAUCUACAAACAGUCGCAUGCUGGUCUUUGGGGCUACGAACCUUCCUCAUUCCAUAGACCCGGCUCUCCGACGACCUGGUCGGUUCGAUCGUGAAGUGGUCGUUCAUGCCCCACAUGCCCAAGAUCGCGCCGAGAUUUUUAAAGUUCACUUGAAACGAGUGCCGUUGGAACCGCCGUUGGCUGUGGCCACGCUGUCCAAUGACCUGGCCGACUUAUGUGUGGGGUUUGUGGGUGCGGACAUUGCGGCGUUGUGCCGUCAAGCAUGUAUGAUUGCCCUCACUCGAGUUGGAAAUGAACGUCAUCAGACGCCGCAAAUGUUAAAGUUUUUGAGAAAUCAGCAACUCUCGGCCAUGUACUGGAACAACUCGUCCUCGUCCGAUAUGGAUGCUUUGAUGGCCAAGGCAUUGGACGAGCUAUCACUGACCACUUCCAAGCCACCGACAGUGUCGUUUGCCGAUUUUACCCACGCGUUGGAGUUUGUUCAAGCGUCUGCGUUGCGCGGUGCCCACACAUUCAGCAAAACCUCCCAGUCCAAAGUCACGACGUGGAGUGACAUUGGCGGUCUCGACAGUGUCAAGACAUCGCUGCAACAGGCCGUGGAAUGGCCACUAAAGUUUCCCGAAACGUUUCAGCGACUGGCGUUAAAGCCUCCACGGGGCAUCUUGCUGUAUGGCCCGCCAGGAUGCAGCAAGAGUACCAUCGUCCGAGCGUGCGCAUUUGCAUCUCACGCGACGUUCCUAUCGUUAAGUGCUGCGGAAGUGUUUUCUCCCUACUUUGGAGAUGCUGAAGCUGCUAUUCGUCAAAUCUUUCGAGACGCAAGGGCAGCCACCCCAGCGAUUGUGUUUAUGGAUGAAAUCGACGCCAUUGUGACCAAACGGAACUUUGAACAAGGCGGGUCGGGAGGCUCGGGAAUGGAAUUGCGAGUUCUAUCGACGUUACUCAAUGAAAUGGACGGCGUUGAAGCGGCAGAUGGCUUGCUUGUCAUUGGGGCCACCAACAGACCAGAUAUGAUUGAUGCUGCCUUGUUAAGACCAGGCAGAUUUGAUCGAGUGGUGUACGUUCCGCUGCCAGAUCAAGACGAUCGGUUCAAGAUAUUACAAAUCCACACAAAACAUGCAUCGUUGUCGACAAACGUGGAUUUGAAGUGGGUGGCAGCUCAAACGCCUAUGUUUAGCGGUGCCGAAUUGGAGAACGUGUGCCGGGAGGCGGCGUUGCUGGCGUUGCGCGAGAAUAUUCACAUGGAAGCGAUCGACGGGCGCCAUUUUCAACAGGCGUUGCUUCUAACAUCGCCAGUGUCUUCGGAAGAAUCCCUCGAGACUUUUCAACGCUUUCACGACAAGCAAGGAGCGCUUUGAUUAACUAAAUAGCCACUUACUAAAGUCAAACUAUCCACUAAAACUAGUUAACGAAUUGCAGC